UUGGCGGGAUUCAGUUGACAAGAAGCUACUUCAUCGUCUAAUCGGCACCAUGCAGUUCGGAAGCAGAAGAAAGAAGCUUAAUACCGACAUUCAGACAGAGCUCUAUGGACACCCUCUGCAGUUUUACGGGCAGCCUCCUCUUGAAAACAUCUCUCUCACCGAAUUUGAGACAUUUGCUGUGGAGAGACUGAAGUUGUUGAAGACCAUUGAGAAUUUGGGAGUGAGCUAUGUGAAACAGUCAGAGCAGUACUCACAAAAACUGCAGAGUGAGAUUAAAAACCUCAACUUUCCCUACAGGCCAGAGGCUGAUGACAGAAAAAUUCAGACUGGACCAACUGAAUACGAGAAACGAAGAAAGGACCAUAUCUCCCACUUCAUUCUCAGACUUGCUUACUGCCAGACGGAGGAUCUAAGGAGAUGGUUCAUACAACAGGAAGUUGAUUUGUUCCGCUACCGCUUCAAUCACCUACAUCCAACGCAAAAAUUGGAAUUUCUGCACAAAAAUAGUCUGCAGUAUGAUACAGUUAGUGCCGAGGAGAAGGUGAUUCUGAAGGAUAAACUUGUUAACUCCAGUUACGCAGUCAGUGGAAUCACUGUGGAGGGUCAGGACUUCUACAAAGUUCCUUUUCAAGACGCCCUGGACCUAGUGCGAACAAGGAAAGUUUACCUCAAAGCAGGCUACGUGUACAUACCACACCAGGACAUUGUCACGAUUGUUCUCAAUGAUUUCCGUACAAGACUGUCUAAAGCACUCGCGCUGACGGCUCGCUCGCUACCAGCAGUGCAUUCUGAUGAACGGCUCCAGCCUCUCCUUAACCACCUCAGUCAUGCCUAUGUUGGACAAGAUUAUAGCAUCCAGAAGAACGUUGGAAAAAUCUCCUUGGAGCAAAUUGAUUCACUUUCAGGGAAGUCCUUCCCACUAUGUAUGAGGCAGCUCCACCAGUCCCUGAGAGAGAACCACCAUCUCCGCCAUGGUGGCCGCAUGCAGUACGGCCUCUUCCUAAAGGGUAUCGGCCUCUCUCUGGAGCAGGCCAUGCAGUUCUGGAGGUCAGAGUUCGUAAAGGGCAAAGUGGAUGCAGACAAGUUUGACAAAGCAUAUGCCUACAGCAUCCGCCACAUGUUUGGCAAAGAAGGCAAGCGAACAGAUUACACCCCCUACAGUUGCAUAAAGGUGAUUUUGUCCAAUGCACCCAGCCAAGGCGACCAUCAUGGAUGUCCGUUCCGUCACAGUGACCCAGAGCUGCUGAAGCAGAAGCUUCAGGUCUACAAGGUGUCUCCCAGUGGAAUCAGUCAGAUACUGGAGCUGGUUAAAGGGAUGCACUAUCAGCUGGCGUGCCAGAAGUACUUUGAGCUGACACACAAUAUUGAAGACUCCAAUUUCUCACUCAGUCACCCCAACCAGUACUUUGUAGAGAGCCAGAGAAUUUUAAGCGGAGGUAAGGACAUAAAGCGAGAGAUGGACACUCCAAAGAGGUCGCAGGAAAACUCUGCUGCCAAAGGAUCCAACACAACUCACGAGGCAGCAGCAAAUCCCUCCCAGGAUUUGGCAGACAUGACCGAUGAACAAAUAGACUCUUUCUUUCAAGAUGCCUGAUUUUCCUUUUUCUUUUCUUUUUUCUUAACUUUUAUACAUGUAGAAAUAAAUGUUUGUUUUUUCUAUGGAGGCUCAUGCUGGGGAAUCAUCCAUAUCUGAGUUGAAUCUUAAGACUGGCAUGAUAAGUCCUCUCAGUAAUCUCUCAAUGAUUUGUUGAUUUAUUCUCAACAUAGACAGACUGAGUUAACCUUGAUGAGACAUUAUUCCAACGUCAACAUCAGACCAUCAGAGUUUUCUACCUAAUAAAAUUCUUGUUACACUUGUUAAUAUGUGAUUCUGCAUGAUUCAUUUUGAGUACUUAACCCCUGUUAAAAGUAGUUUUUGUUUUCCCUCCAGUCUGAACUCGCACAGCUUUUACUCAGUCUCGGUGCACAGUGUUUUGGCAGGGAUGUGGUUUUGGGGGCUAAUGACUAGAA